GGGGGAAGAGAGAGAGAGAGAGAGAGAGAGAGAGAUAGGGGGGGCGAUAAGGGAAGCGAAUCCGAGGAGGGAAAGGUGAUCCCUUUCUUCCGCCUUCCCCUCAUCAUUUCUUGGUCUCGAUCCGAUACGGGCGGAAGAUUCGGGGGGUCAAUUGGGGUCGCCACCGGCCGAUGCGGUGAUCUCGAGUCCGCCUCGCGUGAAACGACCUGUGCGAUGUCGGCGCCUUCUGCUGCGCGCCGGAGGAGCUGUCGCCGUUUACCGGGGUUGUAGGUCGUCUUCUUCACCGUUCCUGACGCCCGCCGCCGGUGGCAGCUGCGGUGAUGGACGUGGACGCCGCGAUGUCGACGAAUUCAGACCACGAUCUGGUCUUGGCGAACCACCACGACGGCUCGGGCGAGCCCUCGUCGCCUCCGACACCGGCGGCGGGGCAGGGGCAGCCCGUUCUCGCGGGGCCGAGGCCGGCGCCGACGUAUAGGGUGGUGAAUGCGAUCAUCGAGAAGAAGGAGGACGGGGCUGGGUGCCGCUGCGGCCACACGCUCACGGCUGUCCCGCCUGUUGGGGAGGAGGGCACGCCUGGGUACAUCGGCCCGCGGCUUAUUCUGUUUGGCGGCGCGACGGCGCUGGAGGGCAAUUCGGCCGCACCGCCAUCCCCCGCAGGGACUGCUGGAAUCCGUCUGGCAGGUGCAACAGCUGAUGUUCAUUGCUAUGAUAUGCUUUCAAACAAAUGGACAAGAUUGACACCACUUGGUGAACCACCAUCGCCCAGGGCUGCACAUGUUGCAACUGCUGUGGGCACCAUGGUGGUAAUUCAGGGUGGAAUUGGCCCUGCUGGUUUGUCGGCUGAGGAUCUUCAUGUUUUGGACUUGACACAACAGCGGCCACGGUGGCAUAGAGUUGUUGUCCAAGGACCUGGCCCAGGACCACGUUAUGGGCAUGUGAUGGCCUUGGUUGGGCAAAGAUUUCUAUUGACAAUUGGUGGAAAUGAUGGUAAGCGGCCUCUGGCUGAUGUUUGGGCUCUAGACACUGCUGCCAAACCCUAUGAAUGGAGGAAAUUGGAACCAGAAGGUGAAGGUCCACCUCCAUGCAUGUAUGCAACUGCUAGUGCACGUUCUGAUGGUCUUCUUCUUCUAUGCGGGGGGAGGGAUGCAAAUAGUGUGCCUUUAUCCAGUGCUUAUGGUCUUGCAAAACAUAGGGAUGGGCGUUGGGAGUGGGCUAUAGCUCCUGGUGUCUCUCCAUCUCCAAGAUACCAGCAUGCUGCUGUCUUUGUUAAUGCAAGACUUCAUGUGUCUGGAGGGGCUCUUGGUGGUGGACGCAUGGUGGAUGACUCUUCAAGCAUUGCAGUGUUGGAUACUGCUGCUGGAGUUUGGUGUGAUACAAAGUCUGUGGUGACAAGUCCCAGGACAGGUAGAUAUAGUGCAGAUGCAGCUGGCGGUGAUGCAUCUGUUGAGCUAACACGACGUUGUAGGCAUGCAGCUGCUGCAGUUGGUGAUUUGAUCUUCAUUUAUGGAGGGUUACGUGGAGGUGUGCUUCUUGAUGAUUUACUUGCUGCUGAAGAUCUGGCUGCUGCUGAAACAACAAGUGCCGCUUCCCAUGCUGCUGCUGCAGCAGCUGCUACAGAUGUACAAGUAGGAAGGGCACCAGGAAGAUACCUGUAUUCUGAUGAAAGAUCGAGGCAAGAUAUUCCUGAAACAGCUCCAGAUGGUGCAAUCAUGGUGGGAACUCCUGUUGCCCCACCUGUCAAUGGAGAUAUAUAUACUGACAUAAGUCCUGAAAAUGCCAUGCUUCUGGGACCAAGGGAACUGAACAAAGGUGUCGAGUAUUUAGUUGAAGCCUCAGCAGCAGAGGCUGAGGCUAUCAGUGCUACUUUAGCUGCUGUAAAAGCACGGCAAGUUAAUGGUGAAGUUGAACAAUUGCUUGAUCGUGAUCGUGGUUCAGAAGCUACACCAAGUGGGAAAAUGAUCUCAAGUAUGGUUAAGGUGCCAGACCCUUCUGCAGCAAACAACACCCCACCAACUGGGGUUCGGCUUCAUCAUAGAGCGGUGGUCGUUGCUGCAGAGACAGGUGGUGCCUUGGGUGGCAUGGUCAGGCAACUUUCAAUUGAUCAAUUUGAAAAUGAAGGCAGGCGCGUUAGUCAUGGUACGCCCGAGAAUGCAACUGCAGCUCGGAAGUUGUUAGAUAGACAAAUGUCUAUAAAUAGUGUGCCCAAGAAGGUAAUAGCACAUCUUUUGAAACCUCGUGGUUGGAAGCCCCCAGUACGGAGACAGUUCUUCUUGGAUUGCAAUGAAAUUGCAGAUCUUUGUGACAGUGCGGAAAGAAUUUUUACUAGUGAGCCAACUGUUCUACAAAUUAAAGCUCCUGUUAAGAUAUUUGGUGAUUUACAUGGUCAGUUUGGGGACCUCAUGCGCUUGUUCGAUGAGUAUGGUGCUCCUUCAACAGCAGGGGACAUAGCUUAUAUAGAUUAUCUCUUCUUGGGAGACUAUGUUGAUCGUGGUCAGCAUAGUUUGGAGACUAUUACUCUUCUUCUUGCAUUGAAGGUUGAGUAUCCUCAUAAUGUACAUUUAAUUCGUGGAAACCAUGAAGCAGCAGAUAUUAAUGCUCUAUUUGGAUUCCGGAUUGAGUGUAUUGAGCGAAUGGGGGAACGAGAUGGCAUCUGGGCUUGGCAUCGCUUUAACCGACUUUUUAAUUGGCUACCUUUAGCUGCACUGAUUGAGAAGAAAAUUAUCUGCAUGCAUGGUGGCAUAGGUCGGUCCAUAAAUCAUGUGGAGCAGAUUGAGGAUCUUCAACGGCCAAUCACAAUGGAAGCAGGCUCAAUAGUUCUUAUGGAUCUUCUAUGGUCUGAUCCGACAGAAAACGAUAGUGUUGAGGGGCUAAGGCCAAAUGCUAGGGGUCCAGGACUUGUCACAUUCGGGCCUGACCGUGUUAUGGAGUUUUGCAAUAACAAUGACCUCCAGUUGAUAGUACGAGCACAUGAGUGUGUAAUGGAUGGUUUUGAGCGUUUUGCUCAAGGGCAUUUGAUUACUCUUUUCUCUGCAACCAAUUAUUGUGGGACUGCAAAUAAUGCGGGGGCAAUUUUAGUUUUGGGAAGAGACCUUGUGGUUGUUCCAAAACUUAUUCAUCCUUUGCCUCCUGCCAUUAAUUCCCCUGAAGCAUCGCCAGAGCGUCAUACAGAAGAUACAUGGAUGCAGGAGCUCAAUGCCAACAGACCACCAACACCAACCAGGGGCCGACCUCAAACAUCAAAUGAUCGUGGUUCUCUUGCCUGGAUAUAGCAAUAAUAUGAUAUAUUAUAGUCAAUCCUGUUCACUUGUCUGGGGCUCUUGGGAUUAUGGCCACCCCUUCUCAAAGACUCGGAACCAUACCCCUUAGAUUGAUCCGACCACAAUUGAGCUGUCAAGGUCUUGAAUGGGUCAGCAAAAGAGCUACAUCAUGAAGCUGCAAAGAAAAAGCUGACAUCAGGUUUGACGAGCAAUUCACACUCCACAUACCAUAUGGCUGGUUCACUGCAUCUUGGGUGUAACCAAUCUGAAGUUGCCUCAGUUCCUCAGAAGUUUCUCCUGUGUAUAUGUAGCUGUUGGAUAGGCGAAUGCGUACGUGGUUUCUUUUCACCAUUGGGAUCAUUGAUAGGUUUGUUGUGUGCUAUGUAUUCUUUUGUAUGUUCGGAUUUCUCUUCUGUGACCACACGAUAGUUUUGGUAACAGCAAGGUCUAUUGGGAAGUCCUGUAUAAUAGAUAAUUCUACUUGCAGCACUCCUUUUGUAUCUUCUUUGGUGCUGUUGGUGUAAGUUUUGUGCGGGAAACACAACUUUGAAGGUUGACAAGAAAUUGUUGAUGUUGAGGGCAUGGGGAUACAUUUGGCUACAAUUGUACUGAUUGGUGUUUGAUACAAUUGUGUGCUUGUUAUGUAAACUACAAAUUUGUGCCCCUUUUCAAGGCAGUAAUCACUACUUGGAAUU